AUGGAGAAGAAACCCAAUCUCAUCAAGAAGGCCAAUGGCCAAUCCAUGUCCACUUUCAUCUUCUUUUUUCUCAUUUGCUUCAUAGUCCUCCUGCUCCACUUCUUUGACUUUGGUGGGGCCAAGAGUGGGGUCUCCUCUCUAUUCAUAAGCUACUACCAUAGCCAGGACGAUGUUCCAGCUCGUUCCUGCGUCCUAAAUGUAACCGAUGAGAGUAGUAAUGUGGAUCCUUGCUCAGGUCGUUACAUCUAUGUUCACAAUCUCCCCCAACGGUUCAACGAUGACCUUCUCAAAAACUGCCGAGCCAUAGCGAAGUGGAAUGAUGUGUGCUGGUUCGUGUCAAACUCAGGCCUCGGGCCCAAGGUUGAGGACCCAAGAGGGAUCCUCUCGAAUGGUAGUUGGUACUCCACGUACCAGUUCUUCCUCGAGCCCAUAUUCCGAGCCCGGAUGAAGCAAUACAGGUGCCUCACGAAUGACUCUUCCUUGGCCUCAGCCAUUUAUGUUCCAUUCUACGCGGGCCUCGAUGUUGGCAGGCAUCUUUGGGGGUACAAUGUAUCGGUGAGGGACGCCUUGGCUCAUGAGUUGGCCCAAUGGGUUAGCGCGAGGCCAGAGUGGAAGAGAAUGUGGGGGCGUGACCAUUUCGUCGUUGGUGGUAGGAUUUCAUGGGAUUAUCGGCGUAAUAUCGACAAUGACUCCGAAUGGGGAAAUAACUUCAUGAACCUCCCUGAAUCGAAGAACAUGACAUUGCUUUCAAUCGAGUCAACCCUGUGGACGAAUGAGUUUGCAAUACCAUAUCCGACUUAUUUCCACCCCUCGACCAUCCUCGAAGUCUCUCAAUGGCAAGAGAGAAUGCGGAAUCAAAAUAGGAAGUACUUGUUCUCCUUCGUGGGGGCCCCCCGACCCAAGUCAAAAGAGUCUAUAAGGUCCAAUCUCGUCGAGCAAUGCUCUCAAGCCUCGAAUUCGAGUAGUACUGACACUUGCUUUCUACUGGCAUGCCGUUCAGGGAAAAAUAACAAAUGCAAUGACCCUUGCGAGAUCAUUAGAGUUUUCCAAAACUCGGUCUUCUGCCUUCAGCCUCCAGGGGACUCCCACACUAGAAGAUCAACCUUUGAUUCGAUCCUUGCCGGGUGCAUCCCUGUUUUCUUCCACCCAGGGUCAGCUUACGUGCAGUAUUUAUGGUACUUUCCGAGUAACUACACCAAGUACUCAGUAUAUAUACCCGAGGAGGAUGUGAGGAGCCGGAGGGUUAACAUUGGUCACAGGCUGAUGAGCAUCUCGAGCAUCGAAGUGGAAGCGAUGCGAGAGGAGGUGAUAGGGAUGAUUCCUAGGAUUGUGUAUGCUAAUCCUAGGAAUGAUGGAUUGCCUGAGUUUGAAGAUGCUUUUGAUGUUGCAAUCAAGGGGGUCCUUGGGAGGAUAGAGGCAAUUAGGAGGAGAAUUUCUCAAGGGGAGGAUCCUAGUGUUGGGUUUUCUGAUUGGGACAGUAGGAAAUUUGAUCUGCCCUCCGUAGUAUGAAAAAGUUAUUAUUAGUUGAUUGUCAGUUAGUAUGGUCGUCAACCACAGUGUGACCGUGGAGCGUACAAGUCCCGCAAUCCGAUGAUGUGACAAACUAUGAUUGGUAGUUAUACGUGAUAGCAUAUGGAUGACACUAACUAUUCAUUAUUGGUUAGUAUGUGGGAAAAUGAAAUAGGUAGAUUUCAAAGGGGAAAGAAAAGAGAGAAAUUGUAUCAGAUCGUUUGUCUCUCUCGUUGGAGUCAUUAGGAUACAAAGAAAAAGCAAAGUCAUUUUCUUAUUUGUCAAGAAGGAUAUGGGGGCAGGAAUACUCA